UCUCAGCAUGCCUGGGAGAGCUGUUGCUGUGGGACAUAGGCCACACAGCUUCAACUGACUCACAAUGGCAUUGUCAAUGCUAGCCUCUUUGAGAAACUCUUCCCCUAUAUUGCCUUCACUAUGGAAGAACCAAAGGGCCUUGAAAGAGGGUAAGAUAAAGUUUCAGACUUGGGCUCAGCAAAAGAGGGACUUCAGGCUGGGACCAGUGCCAAAAACUUCGUGUGUUACAUUGGGGAUUGUGUUGCUGUUGGUGAUUUUCCUGCCAGGCUUGUACUGUGACCCUCGAUCUGUAUAUUACUCUUCUUACGAAACAGUCAUCCCCAAGAGUCUGACAGUCAAGGGAAGGGAAGACCCAGGGGAAAAGGCAUCCUAUACACUAGUAAUGCAGGGCCAGAAGCAGGUGAUUCAACUGAAGGUGAAGAGAGACUAUUUUGUGAAUAACUUUCCAGUCUUCAGCUACCACAAUGGGGUCCUGGGGCAAGAAGUGCCUUUCAUCUCGCAUGACUGUCACUACGAAGGCUACCUAGAAGGAGUCCCGGGUUCUUUUGUUUCCCUCAACACCUGUUCAGGCCUCAGGGGCAUCCUGAUUAAGGAGGGGAAACCCUAUGGCAUUGAGCCCAGGGACACCUCAAAACAGUUUGAACAUGUGUUGUACACCAUGGCACCCCAAGCUCGAGUGUCCUGCAGCGUCACUUCCAAAGGCAGCCAAGUGGUGUCCACCAGCCGGCAGCAAGGGAGCAGGAAGCCUCGCAGUCUACAGGCCCUGCCGUCCUUUUGGUCACACACCAAGUAUGUGGAGAUGUUUGUUGUGGUCAGCAACCAGCGCUUCCAGAUGUGGGGCAGGAACAUCGAUGAGACAGUCCAGAGAGUAAUGGACAUCACUGCUCUGGCCAACAUCUUCACUCGGGGCAUAAACACCCAGGUGGUGCUGGCCGGAAUGGAGAUCUGGACCGAGGGGGACCUCAUCGAAGUCCCAGCGGACUUGCGAGUUACACUGAGGAAUUUCAAUAGCUGGAGACAGGAGAAGCUCUUCCCCCGGGUGAAGCACGAUGUUGCCCACCUGAUCGUGGGACAUCACCCUGAAGACGAUGUGGGACAGGCAUUUCUCAAUGGUGCCUGUUCAAGAGGCUUUGCAGCUGCUGUUGAAUCCUUCCACCAUGAGGAUGUCCUCCUGUUUGCGGCGCUCAUGGCCCAUGAGCUUGGGCACAACUUGGGUAUUCAGCACGACCACUCGGCCUGCACUUGUGAAGAUAAACUCUCUUGCCUCAUGCAUGAGAACAUCACUAAAGAAAGUGGCUUCAGCAACUGCAGCUCUGACCACUUCUACCAGUUCCUCCGGGAACACAAAGGGGCCUGCCUGUUUAACAAGCCCCGGCCCCAAGGUCGUCUGCGUAGGCAAGCCACGUGUGGAAACGGUGUGUUGGAGGUGAAUGAGGAGUGUGACUGUGGACCUGACUGUGGUAAUAACCCGUGCUGUGACGAAACAUGUAGGCUGAAUGAGCAUGCACAGUGUAGUGACGGACUGUGCUGUUUUAAUUGCCAGUGGAGACAUAAGGGUUUCAUGUGUCGUUCUGCGCUUGGAGAGUGUGACCUCCCAGAGUAUUGUGAUGGUUCCUCUGGAGAAUGUCCCAGGGACCACUAUAAGCAAGAUGGUACAUCGUGUGAUAUGAUUCACUAUUGUUUUAUGGGCCGGUGCCGGAACCCUGAUACUCAGUGCGUGGGUAUAUAUGGGUCACCUGCAAGGUCAGCCCCAGAAGACUGUUAUAUUUCCAUGAACACGAAAGGGAACCGGUUUGGAAACUGUGGCAUUGGGGCUUCAACUAGUCCAAAAUAUGUUAAGUGCUCUGAUAAGAAUAUAUUUUGUGGGAAACUUAUAUGUACAAAUAUUAGAAAAAUACCAGAAGUCAAACACCAGCAUACACUAAUCCAGGUUCCUCAUCAAAACGACUUCUGCUGGAGCAUGGAUGCCUUUAAUGAUACUGAUAUCCCUGAUGAUGGAGACGUGGACACUGGCACCCUUUGUGCCCCACACAAAGUCUGUGUGAAUUACUCCUGUAGUGAUCAUGCCGUGCUUAGGUACGACUGUGAACCAAAAGAAAUGUGUAAUGGGAAAGGAGUUUGCAACAAUUUAAGGCACUGCCAUUGUGAGGCUGGCUAUGCACCCCCUGACUGCAAAGCUCCAGGAAAUGGGGGUAGUGUGGACAGUGGUCCCCCUGGCAAAUCACCUGAUGAAAAUCUAAGUGUAGGAGGAAGUGGCAUUCCUACUAAACGGAAGAAUGAAAUGAAUGUUUUUUACAAGGUGACUUUCAUACUACCCUCAUUUCUUUUGCUAGUAUUGUUGAUUUUAGUAUUUUCCAUUAGCUUUAAGGCUGGAAUUGAGUCAGCAGAGAUGCCAGGAGGCUCCUCAGAGGAGACCACAGAGACUACUGAGGACACAGAGGACUUACCACAGGACUUAGGAAAGAAACCCACGGAUAUCUCAAAGAUGGGUCCAGAGGGGGCUCCAAAGGAAGCCCCACCACCAGAGGAGGCACCCCCACCGCAGGAGGUCACCCCACCACAGCAGGGCCCCCUGCCGCAAGAGGAGCCCUCACCACAGGAGGCGCCCCCUUCCCAGGAAGUGCCCCCUUCCCAGGAGGCGCACCCACCCCAGGAGGUCCCCCAACAACCGGUAUCCCCACCCCCGGAGGGCCCUUCGCCCCCAGAGGCCCCACCCCCGGAGGCCCCUCUACCCCCAGAGGCCCCUCUACCCCCAGAGGCCCCUCUAUCCCCGGAGACCCCUGCACCCCCAGAGGCCCCACCGCCCCCGCAGGGCCCACCUCCAGAAGUCCCAGGAGGGUCUGCACCAUAAGAGGUAGCAGGUGAAGGACAGGUAUAACCGAAGGUAUAAAAAUAGUGAAGAAAGAAACCAAAUACAUCAAAUAUCUCAAGCACUGAGGGGAGAUGAGAGGCUCAUAGAGGCAAAGGUGAAGUGAGAACUGAUGGCUCCAGUGCUCUAACUGGACUAUAGAGUAUAGAGAAACAUAGUAAUCUGGGAGGAGCAACCCAGGUUUUAAUAUUUACUUUAGCAAUUCGGUUAUACAUUGAUACAUGAAAUCAAAUACAAAAUAUUCUGUAGUAUUGCCUUAUCCCAUUUCAUGAAACAAUAUAUUUAAGCUUUUCUCAUAGAUCAUUGUAUCAAUACCUUGUAUCAUUUGGCUCAGUUUCUGAGCUAAAAUUAUUUUUCAGGGCAUACCAUCUUCCAUCUACAUUGUUUGACACAACUGUAUUAUCUAACUAUCCCAGGAUUAUUCACCCAUGUCACAUCAAUAUAUUAUUUUAGGAACGUUAUCUACUGAGUACUCUAAUUUACUAUGACAGUUUUUAUUCAUGAAAUACUGGUAAUUUAAAAUAAAUAAAGGCAAUUUUUAGAUGAAGCAUCACCACAGACUCGAUGCAGCCUAGUAACUGGGGUUUAUAAAAUUGGGGCUCUCUGGAAAGAGCUGGAUCUGAUUCAGGGAUCCAGGUGAAUGGGGCAGGGUAGACAAUGGAGGCCAGGGGACAGACACAUACACAGUGUUGAAUUCAUUUGAGUUUUGUUUAUUCUCUUGAUUUUUUAGUUUCUAUAUUAAAGUUGAUAU